GUUUACGUGUGAGCUUCACCUACCGUUCAAAUCUCCCCAUAAUAGCAUGGUUGUGGUUGCAAUUAUGUUUCGGUUUGGCCAAUCUGACCCCAUUAUUGCAGAGCUAGAACAAGAAUUGAGUCGGCUCUCAAAAAGGUCACCGUCCCAACAUCCACCUGAAGUUGCACUGGGAAACAAUAAUAUUCGUCAUAUUCAAAAUCUUUUAAGAGAAUUUACUAAUGUCGAUAGAUAUUACACAUACGAAGGCUCUUUAACCACUCCCCCUUGCACAGAAGAUGUUACUUGGAUUGUCAUAGAAAAGUUUCGCACAAUUUCAUUGGAUCAAGUCGAAACUUUGCAACGUCCAUUGGACAAUGGAAACACGAAGAAUGCAAGGCCAAUGCAACCCCUGAAUGGACGAAAAAUAGAGACAUACCAAUCUCAUAGCAUUUCACCAUCUCCAAUAUAAUGUAAUGAUUUUCUCCACACAAUUAAUUUGUUGUAUAGUAGCACGAUCGAGAGAAAUAAAUACAAAAAUGAUCACUUU